AUAAUAAUAGCCUAUCCCUUGAUUUCACAAACAAUCCAAUAUUCCAAUGGCAACCAUUCUCCACCCCUCAUCUUUCCUUUCCUCCUCCUCCUCCUCCUCCACUACCACCACCACUACCACCACAAAACCACCAAUUCCACCACCCUUUUCGGGACCCCACGCCACCCUUUCACCACCACCCUCUAAACCACUUCUAAUCAAAUUAACCACCACCUUAACAGCCACAGCAUUAGCAACCACAAUAUUAACAACCACUUCCCCGUCACUAGCAGACUCUCCCACAACCUACCACAUUUACUAUGGCACAGCAGCUAGCGCCGCCAACUACGGCGGCUACGGUGGAAACUCCGACAAAAAGGCGUCGGCCGAGUACAUUUACGAUGUCCCGGAUGGAUGGAAAGAGCGGCUGGUGUCAAAAGUUGAGAAGGGAACAAAUGGUACGGACAGUGAGUUUUAUAACCCAAAGAAGAAGACAGAGAAAGAAUACCUUACUUAUCUUGCAGGGUUUAGGCAAUUAGCACCUAAAGAUGCUGUCUUGAAUAAUUUGGCUUUAUCAGAUGUGAAUUUGCAAGACAUCAUUGCUAAUGCUGAUAGUGUUACAUCAGAAGAGAGGAAAGACGAAAAUGGGCAAUUGUAUUAUGACUAUGAAAUUGAUGGAGUUACUGCACAUAGCUUGAUAACUGUUACUUGUGCUAAGAACAAGCUGUAUGCUCAUUUUGUCAAUGCGCCAGCGCCAGAAUGGAAGAAGGAUCAAGACACCCUGAGGCACAUCCAUCAGUCUUUUAAAACUGUUGGGUAAUAUAGGAUUGUUUUUUCUUAUUUGCACUAUGUAUUUGCAUUUGGCAUUUGACUAAAGAGGAAGAGUUUUGGAAUAUGUAAUAAGUGGACAAUACCAAUAAAGAGAUCUCCAUGUUCCUAGCUUUUCUGGGAUGCGUGUUUGACAA